AUGGCCAGAAAAGGUGAACGUGUUUCUGUGAGUGAAGACGAUGACGAAGAUAUUUAUGACCCUAAAAGCAGGGGAUUCUGUCGUGCAUGUGUCGACUUGUCAAAGUUUGGUCUUACAAAAGCAAAGGAGAUGGUAUCCAAACCGAGUGUAGAGUGUCCACCGGAUAAAAUUGAACUUGGAAAAGCAACAUGGACUUUGUUGCAUACAAUGGCAGCAUAUUACCCUAUACACCCGACAUUGAAACAACAAGAAGAUAUGAAGAAGUUUUUACAAAUUUUUCCUCAGUUCUUCCCAUGUCGACCAUGUGCUUAUGAUUUUGAGUCUAACAUUAUUGUUCAUCCACCGAAAUUGGAUAGUCGUCAUGCAUUAAGUGGAUGGUUAUGUAUGCAACAUAAUUUAGUGAAUAAAAAGAUUGGCAAACCGUUAUUUGAUUGUACUCAUGUAUUGGAAAGAUGGCGAUAUGGUUGGAAAGAUAAUGAUGAUUGUAGAUUACCAGAACAAGACUAG